AUGGCGGCAACAGGACACACGACUUCAUACGAUUACUCAAGCGGCAGCUCUGAAGAAAAAGAUAAACUGAACACAUCCUCAGCACUUCACAAUCUACCUACAGAACCCGGCUCCGUCUCCCACCGCGAGCAUGCGCACGAACAAACUCUCCCAGCAGGGGAGAAAAUGCACGAAACCGACACGAUAGACACAAACCGCACGUCCUCCACAAUCCACAAAGCCCGACGAGUCCUCGGCCUUCAUCCUUCCGCCCCCAUAAUUGAAGAGCACGACACAGCCUCCCACUCCACCCUCCUCUGGACAAAAAUCCGCCUAGUCCUCAAAGAACCUCUCGCCGAAUUCUUCGGCGUCAUGAUAAUGGUCUGCUUCGGCAACGGCUCCGUCGCCCAAGUCCUUCUCUCCGCCGGCCAGACCAGCGCUCCUGGCGGCAAUGGUUUCGGCGAAUAUCAGAGUAUCUCAUGGGGCUGGGGAUUAGGCGUCAUGUUGGGAAUAUACAUCGCAGGCGAUUCAGGCGCUUAUCUCAACCCAGCUAUUACUCUUACGAAUUGCCUUUUACGAAAAGUUCCGCUUCGACGAUUCCCGAUUUAUCUCCUUGCGCAGUUUCUUGGAGGUUUCGUCGGAGCUGGAAUCGUCUAUUCGAACUAUAUCAACGGGAUCAAUACUUUUGAAGGAGGGCCUGGAAUUCGGACUGUUCCUCCAGCAACUAAUGCUACUGCUGCGAUCUUUUGCACUUAUCCGCAGGCCGAUUUGACAAAAGCGAGUCAAUUUUUCUCCGAAUUCAUCGCUUCCGCGAUCCUCAUGUUUACGAUCUUCGCACUCCGGGACGAUUCAAAUUCCGGUUCUUUCCACGCCAGCGGGAACUUCUUCCCUUUGACGCUAUUCUUCCUCAUUUUUGGACUUGGAGCUUGCUUCGGCUGGAACACCGGAUACGCGAUUAAUCUUGCCAGGGACUUUGGUCCAAGGUUAAUGAGUUAUGCUGUGGGCUAUGGACAUGAAGUGUGGUCCGCAGGCGGAUAUUAUUUCUGGAUCCCAAUGGUGGCGCCGUUUGCGGGAUGUUUGUUUGGGGGUGCGUUGUAUGAUGUUGCAAUUUACACAGGACCUAGUCCGGUGAAUCAGCCCUGGUUUGGAAUUCCGCAGUUAUUGAAUCCGAAGAAGACUGUGCAGGAUCGGCUGGCAGCGCAGAAAGAGCAGGGCCUUGUGUGA